GGCUUCACGAUCAUCCUUGUUCUGCAGUAGCAGCAGCUUCACGCAUAAACUUUUAGCGGCAUAUUCCAUCGUGUUGUCCGCGGCGCAUUUGCACUUUUUUCCGUGUUUUCUGGCGUAGGAAAUUCCGAUUGUGACCAGACAAUUCGACCACCAGUGGCACCAGAUCUCGAGCGUGAUGGAUUUCCUGGAGUACUCAUCGAUUAGCUCCGAAGUGCGGGGUGCUAUGUGUCCCGGGAAGCUGAAAAUGACCGACACGGCGAUUGUGUUCAAGAACGAGAAAACCGGCAAGGUGGAACAGAUUAACGCGUCGGAUAUUGACUUGAUUAACUUUCAGAAGUUCGUGGGGAACUUCGGGUUGAGGGUGUUCAUGAAGAAUGGGUUGUUGCACCGGUUUAUUGGAUUUACCGGAGAUGAGCAGAAGAUUGCCGACUUCGUGAAGAAGAACUACAAGUUGGACAUGCUGGAGAAGGAGCUGUCGAUGCGUGGUUGGAACUGGGGCACGGUACACUUCAAGGGGAGUGUGUUGUCGUUCGAUAUAGAGAACAAGACCAGUUUCGAGAUUCCGCUGAAUCAUGUCUCGCAGUGCAACAGCGGCAAGAACGAGGUCACGGUGGAGUUCCAUCGGAACGAUGACGCCCCGGUGAGCUUGAUGGAGAUGCGGUUCCACAUUCCGACGUCGGAGUCGGCCGAGACGGAUCCGGUCGAGGCAUUCCAGGAGCAGGUGAUGAAGCAGGCUUCGGUCAUUUCCGCUACCGGCGAUGCAAUUGCGAUCUUCCGGGAGAUCCACUGCCUUACGCCUCGUGGUCGCUACGAUAUCAAGGUGUUCCAGAGCUUCUUCCAGCUGCACGGUAAAACGUACGAUUUCAAGAUCCCCACAUCGUCGGUCCUACGGCUGUUCCUGCUCCCCCACAAGGACAACCGGCAGAUGUUCUUUGUUAUUUCGUUGGAUCCGCCAAUUAAGCAGGGUCAGACGCGGUACCACUUCCUGGUGACACUGUUCCAAAUGGACGAGGAAACCAACAUCGAGCUGCCGUUCACGGAGGAAGAGCUGAAGGAGAAGUACGAGGACAAGCUGACGAAGGAAUUGUCCGGGCCGGUUUAUGAAGUGCUCGGCAAGAUCAUGAAGGUGAUCAUCAACCGGAAGCUGACUGGACCGGGAACUUUCAUUGGUCAUUCCGGCACUCCGGCCAUCGGUUGCUCGUACAAGGCCGCUGCCGGAUAUCUCUAUCCGCUGGAGCGCGGUUUCAUCUACGUCCACAAGCCUCCGGUCCACAUCCGGUUUGAGGAAAUCGCCUCGGUAAACUUUGCCCGCAGCGGUGGUUCUACCAGAAGUUUCGACUUUGAAAUUGAACUCAAGACCAGCACCAUCUACACGUUCAGCAGCAUCGAGAAGGAGGAGUACGGCAAGCUGUACGAUUUCAUCACGUCGAAGAAACUGCAUGUGAAGAACACCGGCAAGGACGGCAAAAACAACUACAAGGAGGACUUUGCCGACUCGGACAACGAAGCCGAACCGGACGCGUAUCUGGCUCGGGUCAAGGCCGAAGCGAAGGAACGCGACGACGACGACGAUGGUUCGGAUUCGGACGAGUCGACCGACGAGGACUUCAACCCGAACCAGCAGGAGUCGGACGUGGCCGAGGAGUUUGACUCGAACGUGGAGUCCACGUCGGAGGAGGAUUCCGAUGAGGCUGGAAGUGGUAGCGGAUCGGAUGGCGGUAGCAAGAAGAAGAAGGAAAAGAAAGAGAAGAAGGAGAAGAAGGUCCGCAAGGAGAAGAAAGAACGUAAGGAAAGCAAGCCCAAGAAGUCCAAAUCCGGAGGAGGUCCGAAACGUCCGGCGACGGCCUUCAUGAUGUGGCUGAACGCCACCCGAGAGAGCAUCAAGAAGGACAACCCGGGCAUUUCGGUGACGGAAAUUGCCAAGAAGGGCGGAGAAAUGUGGAAGGAGAUGAAGGACAAGUCCGAGUGGGAGGGCAAGGCGGCGAAGGCCAAGGAAGAGUACGCUGAAGCGCUGGCCGCUUACAAGGCCUCCGGAGGUGGCGGCAGUGACGAUGAAGGUGCCAAGGGCGCCAAGGCCGCCAAGAGGAAGAAGGAAGGAGCUACGCCGAAGAAGUCCACCGCCUCACCGAUGAAGGGCAGUGGGUUCAAGAGCAAGGAAUACAUCUCCGGAGAUGACUCGUCGAGCAGCGACGAUGAUAAGAAGGAUGCAAAGAAAGCGAAGAAGGGUUCUGGCGAUGAGAAGGAGAAGAAGGCUGGUGAUAAGAAGAAAUCGAAGAAAUCCGACUCGGAAUCGGAAGCCUCCGGCAGUGGAUCUGAAGAGGAGGAAGAGGAAGAUGCAGGCAGUGAUUAAGCGGGCGCAGCAUAAGGCAGGUACUAGCUAUGUGCGCAUUAUUCUUAUCUACUACAACUACAUCUCUAUACAAGAAACUCUCCGCCGGCAUCCUGUUUUUUGAGCGACUGUGGAUGAUUGAUGAUUAUUGGAAACCGAUCCUAAGGAUUUAGUAUUAGCGAGGACAUGAUCGUUUUUACAGACAUUGCUUUCUUUUACAUUAUUGUGUAAGGUUAUUGAUAGGCUAACAAUGGAUCACUUGUACAAACUUCCCCAA